AGAUUUUUCGAUUGAUACUACUCUACUUUUCACUAUUAUUAUAACUUUUUCUUAAACAAAUUUAAUUCUUUCCCUUAUUUCUUCUAGAUCAUAGAGUAAAGUUUAGAAUAUUAUUUACUUUGAUAGCUCUAGAUUCAAGAUAGAAAAAGAAUACCGUUAAAGAAACAAAAAUAGCUUUUAAAAGUAGCAGCUUUACACCAACUUCCGGUCUGUCUAGUGCAUUUCCGUUCCUUGCUAAGUUCAAACUAAACAAAGGUUUUAAUCGGAAAAAUAUGGAAUCAAAGGAGCAGAUAUCUUUUAUUUAUAAAGAAGGGUUCUUCGAAUGUGGAUUUCCGAACUGUAAUCAUAAAGGACGUUUUUCCAAAAGCGAAAUUUUGGCACACGUUUAUAGGACUUUUCAUGAGCCUGGAUUCCAUUAUUCAAUCUUGGUUUGUCAAAUGCCGGAACAUAAUAGUGUAACAUCAGCAUUACAGCAUAAGUGUAUAUAUAUAUGUGAAAUUUUCGAUCUUAUUGAAGAGGAGAUGAUAAGAGAAUCUGAAAGAGAUGAUAUAGAUCUACCGCCAACAAUUGAAAUUUACAACAAUUCCAAUCAAGUUGAAAGGCCGACUGCUUUCAACUACUAUAUUAGUCCUGUUACUUCUGCUGGUCCACAGAAUCCUCCUCAACCGGUUGUCCGCUAUCCACCCCUUCCAACUACUCCCGCACCGCUACCUCCUCCCCUUCCUCCUCCAAUAUGUUCUACCGCUCCGAGUCGCAUGGCUCAUAGAAUGCCCAACUAUCCUCAACCUCCGCCUGCCCAUACUAAUUCUCAGAACUUAUUGAGAAAUCUACAAUACCCGGGUACACCGAUGUAUAGUCACAAUCUCCAUCCGAAAAAGCAUGUAUGUUAUCAUUGUGGAAUAUCUUGCUCAACAAAACUCGAAGCUAUGGAACAUAUUGAAAGGCUUCAUUUUAAAAGUGCUAUACGUUGCAACUAUACAUCUUGUGCAUAUAUAAAUUCAAUGGACAAGGUUAUAUCUCACAUUAUGUCGAAGCAUAAGUUGUCGUGUGAUCUUUCAACUUUAAAACUGCAACUAUUGGGAGCAAUCAUUCGAAUAGUUGAGUUUUGCAAUACUAAUGACAAUGUUUAUUGCUUGAAGGCUUGAAUAAAAGGCGAAAGAGAAUAAACUGAUGUGUUGUCUUCUAGUAAAAACUAGUGACCAAUGUUUCGAUUCCGAAAUACAAUUAAUAUUAUAUCAUUUUAAAUA